GACCCCAUCUUUUCAGAAACGCACUCAGGCGUGUUUUGGAGACGAUCGGACAGCACCAACAGAAAUCCACAACCACAGUGUGACUGGACCGCCCAUCCCUCAGAAUCCAUUAAGGCAACUACACUGACGGAGAGCGUUGUUGCCCUGUGGAUUAGAGUGUGUGUGUGUGUGUGUAUGUGUGUGAGUGCGUGUGUGAGAGAGAGACUGUCUGCCUCAGGUGUUGAGGAGCGCUUUUUAAUCUGGACUAAAUCAGCAUGGGAUUUUAGUUUAGAUCUCAUAGGACAAUAUUCCACAACUGCAGGCUGUGCUUUCGCAGGGCGGGGACGAAGCAAAGAGCAACAGACUAUUUUUGUUCCUUCAUAAUAUUGAAGACCAAAUGUAGAAUAGCAUCUACCUGGAAUUGAAAAUUUUGAGAGGUUACGAGUAUGAGCAACAUGUCCCUCUGAGCAUAGCUAUCAACAUUUUAAAACUAAUAAAAGAAUCAACUGAACAGUUGGUGACCUGACAGUCGCUAGAAGCUAAUCUGAGAGAGGAAAACAACAUCUUGGAUUAUUCAGAACUUCCAUUCCUCCCCACCCCCCUUCAGCAUUGAUUAAUGCUUGGCAGGGCAAUUAUCAAGAACUGUGAGUCCUUCCAGUGAAGGAAGACGUUUACAGAAAGAAGCUGGAGUCCUUGAGGAAUCAGAUGCUGCCGCUGGAUUGGAUCCCAAGUCUCAUUCAUUCAAGGAUUACACGACAAUUGGGGAAAAGAUUUUCAAAUAAAUUCACAAGCUGGUUCAUUUCUGGGUGACGGCUCCUGAACUGCAGGUGCUCCAGAUUUUUAGGAUUUUGGAUCACAUCUGCUGUUGUCUUUUUGCGGAGAGGGAGGCACUUUCAGUGCCAGGACUGUGUCUGAGUGGGACACUGUCACUGGGAACUCAUUGUGGGGGAGCAUGUUGAGAUCCGGGGUUGAUUGGUUCCAUCCUCUAUCUAUUCUCCCUCUUAGAGACAAUUCAUUCCUGCACACUGAGCCUCCUGUAACUGUGUGACAUAUGAUAACACCAAAGCACUCUUUGAAAGCUGUUAUUCUAAUGCUUUGAAUGUAAGCUAAUCCAUGCAGUUUCAACUCAUUCUCCAAUACUGACUGUGUGAAAUACAUAAAAGGCCAUUUUGUUUUUUUAGUUUUGGCCAGUAAGAAGUCCACAUUUUGGAAUUAAUUUAUUGACCUGCACCAGCUGGUUCUACGGGAAUCCAACAUGGCUGCUCAUUCUGUGCUCAUCUGCCUCGCCUUCAGCUUUCUGCUGGGCUUCACAUCACUGGGUCAGAACUCCAGGUGGGCCGUGUCUGAUGCCCAGACCACCAACCAGACGACCGCCCCCUCUGGCCCCCCGGAGGCUGCGCUGGCAACACCAGUGGCGGACAUGGAGGACCAGACCAUUCCAAUGCAGGGCAGCCGUUGCCGGGGAUACUACGACGUCAUGGGCCAGUGGGAUCCUCCUUUCAACUGCAACGCGGGCAUCUACCUGUUCUGCUGCGGCUCGUGCUUCUACCGCUUCUGCUGUCAGUUCAAGGUGCACAGCCUGGAGCAGGAGUCCUGCUCCAACUAUGACACGCCCGUCUGGGCCAACACUGGCAAGCCGGCUGCACCCGUCACCGAAGUGCAGGAGGAGCCUGACCGCGACCGCACCCACAUGAUUGUCUACAUCAUCUGUGGCGUGGUGGCCGUCAUGGUGCUGGUGGGCAUCUUCACCAAGCUGGGCCUGGAGAAGAGCCAAGGCGGACAGACAGACAUGACUGACUCUAGAACAUUGACGGAGUUGUUAAAGCAGCCCGGAGAGGUGGGCGGGGUUGACGGGGCCGGGGGUCACCACCCCAUCGGAACCAAUGGGAUCUCCGGGAGGUCACUGCGCAGCAAUAACGAACACAAUCACCUGAAUAACGCUGCCCUCUCUCCUCUGGGUCCGGCAAUGGCGCUUUCCCACCCUCACAACAACCUUGGUCUGGGCUUUAAUAAGUACACCUCACUAAAGGCUGUGGGGGUUUGGCCACUGGAUAACAGAGCUCUUACUGUAUCUGAACAGAGGAGGACAUUGUUGAGGUCUCUGGGGGUACCAGCAGAUUCCGAGCCAAGAGACUACUAUAAGGGCUACCCCAUGGUGGACUACACCCGCCACCAGUCCUCGCCCCCCACCUUUCAACCCAUUGCGUUCCACAAGGACAAGCCCUUCCUGCCCCCUCCGGACAUCCACGCUCCACUGGCCAUAACCAUCACCGCUGGCCAGCUCCCCAAGCCCAAGAUCUCCAAGACGAACACCCACCAGCUUACCUCCAGCUCGGCCUUCAAAGCCUGGGACCCCAGCAAAGGCCACAUCCAGCAUCCAACGGCCUCUCACGUUGGGCAGGCGCAGCAGCAUCAACAGCAGCUACACCAACAGCAGCUACACCAACAGCAGCUGCACCAACAGCAGCUGCACCAACAGCAGCUGCACCAACAGCAGCUGCACCAACAGCAGCUUCACCAACAGCCCAACAGCCGCCGGCAGGCCUACUCCAACAAGCGGCAGUUCAGCAUUGAGACUCUCCCAGAGCUCUUCUCGCACCCCCUGGGCUAUGGACAGUCGCCCCACGUGCACCCGAAGAACAAGGGUCUGCCCACCAACAGCAAGACCGAGGUCACAGUGUAAAGGCUGACAUUCGCACAGUUGAAGAACAAGCGAGGAGUGCGUGGGACCGGGGGUAAGGUAUGAGUGUGAGUCCUGUCCCUGGUCAGGGGGCAACGGACAGGGGAAAGCGUCUAGCUGUGUGAUCCUUUGCUCUUUACAUCCCAGGUCUUCCUCGUCGUUCAUAAUGUGUCACCCAGUAAAGACGGAACCUGGUCACAGGAAGUUGCUGGUGUUGUCUCUAGACCUGGUUCACCUCAGUUGCUUUCUCGUCCCACCGUGACCCUGUUUUGGUUAGUCUCCUGUUUACUACCCCUGGGACCACAAUGUCACCAACACCCCACCUGCCC